CAUGUCAGAGCCAACAACACCUGUCAACAGUAUCGCUGAGCCCAAGGGUGAUAAUGUCGAACCCAAGGGAAAUAUCAGAACAUUUUUAGGUAAAGAAUACGACUUGACCGACCCAAAAUAUGCGGGACUUAGUAAGAACGCCAUCAAAAAGAUACUUCGAGAAGAGAUAUGGCAAGAGACCAAGCCAGAGCGCACCAAAGAAAAACGAGCCAAACACAAGCGAAAGAGAGCAGAGCGUCAGCAGUUGAUUAAGGACGGCGUGCUGGAACCUUUACCUAAACGACCCAAGUCCAAAUACAUGACAGUUGGCAAAGUCAAUGUUGUUUUGGACUGUGCUUUUUCAGACCUCAUGAACGAGAAAGAGAUCAGCUCUAUGCGUCAACAAAUCUGUCGUUGUUAUAGUGCUAAUGUUCGUGCCGAAAAGGAAUCCAUGCCCAUUACUCUGACUUCUUUUGACGAUACUUUAAAAAACAUUAUGGAUGAUAAAGCUCCUUCUUGGACCAACUGGAGAAAUUUCGAAGCAACCACAGAGCCUCUCAGUACAAAGUUCCCAAACAAAGAAGAUCUGAUCUAUCUCUCUGCAGACUCUGACAAUGUAGCUCACGAAUUGGAAGAAGGAAAGACUUAUAUCAUUGGUGGUAUUGUCGAUAAAAAUAGACACAAGAAUUUAUGUAACAACAAGGCACAAGAAUUGGGUAUCAAGACUGCACAAUUGCCUAUUGGUGAUUAUAUCCGUUUGGCCUCAAGAAAGGUUUUGACAGUGAACCAAGUCUUUGAGAUCAUGAUUAAAUGGCUCGACUGCCGUGAUUGGGAAAAGGCAUUUUUAGAAGUGAUCCCUGAACGUAAAUUAAAGAAAAGUACAGUUGUCAAGAAUGGUGUAGAGGUUGAGGUGGAAGAAGAAGAAGAGGAAGAGGAGGAAGAGGAAGAGGAUGAUGAAGCUUUAAAGGCAGACAUUACCGAAGAAGAGACUGUUACAGAAAAAGAUG